CGUCACUUCCGCUUUUAGAUGGCCAUCAAAACAACCGAAAACAACAGCAUUAGGAUCAGGAGCGACAAAGAUAUACACGGAGCAAAAUGAAGGAGGUGACUUCACAGCAGGAGGUGUGCAGCUCAUCUCCUGAGUCCAACAACCAUCCCAUCUGUGAGGACAGAGAAGUUACCCACAGCCUCCACUCACACGGUACAGAUAAGGACCAUCCCAGACCAGAGGGAGGAGUUAUGUGGAAAGUGGGCGGCGGCCUUUUCAGCAUGACUCAAAGUGUUGUUGGUGCAACCCUAGGGACUGUUACAUGGGUAGGAACUAAAAGCUAUGAGCUCACCAAGACAGCUGUGAUCAGCGUUCCGACAGCAAGUGCAGGACUGGUCAAAGGGAGUAUCUCUAUGUUUGCAGAAGGCGUCGGAGCAGUAGGAUCUGUGGUGGCAAGUAAAGUCACACCGAGGAAAAAGGACAAAGCUGACUGAAUGACUCUGUUUGUGAGCGUGUGUAAUGCAAAUAAGAGCAGAAUACCUCGGCAACUUAGAAUGGAUGCCAGUUAGUUCUUCAGACAGGUGCAGUUUAUUCACUCAGGCUGCUACUCAUACACAAAAGCAGCUAGGUGCUGGCUGCUGGAUGGAAUUCUGCUACAUAUGGACGGAACACAUCAGCUGGAGUGAAAGGCUGCAGACAACCCAUUUCCCUGUCUGAACAGAUGGUAGCCAUUUCCCUGGACUUGACAGGAUCCAACUGACUCACUUCAAAAGAAACAUUUUAAGGAGUUAUCUAUUAAUAUACAUUAUCACUAACACCAUUUGCAUUUUGUGUUUGUGUAAUUUAUUGUUUAGUUUUGGGUAGAAACAAACUAUGGAAUCUAAGUCAUGCUCCACUUGUAUUCAUUCGUUUUCUUUCUGUUACAUGGUGUCACAGGCUGUAGUUUAGAGUAUGUCAUGUACAAUCAAGUAAUUUCCACAGGAGAGUGAUCAAAUGAAUCAUGCCCCAUGCGUACAUUCAGGCAAAGGGAAGAGAUCCUCCAGGGGGAAAUAACAUUUUGAAUCACUCAGGUAGUUAGCAGGUUAAGCAAGUGUACAGGGAACAGCAGUUUAGAAUGAAAACGUGUUUCAGUUAAUACAACUUUAUGUGGAAAUGCUGUAAAAAUGUUUUUUGACUUGAUGAGGUUCUCCAGAGAACAGCAGGUAACGUUAAUAAACACAUUUUUCAUGUCA